UGGGGCUUGUAGGCAGCCGGCGGGGCCGGGCGAGGAGGAGGCGGCGGCGGCGGCGGCGGCGCUCCGCCCCGGGGGAAGGGCCGGCGCAAGGCGUGGGGGACACGGGAGACAGGUAGCGCGGGCGGCCCCGGCAGGCACCUCCUCGCUGCGGGCGGCCGCCGGUGGCUCCGCGAGGCGGCGGCGAGGGCAGCGGCCUGCCGCGGGGCCCGGAGGCGCGGCAGCGGCCUAGGGGCGCCGGCGCCCGCGGGCUCUGGCUGCGAGGGGGGCGGCGGCGCGGACGCCCCUUGCCGCUGCGCUGCCCAGGCGCCGCGGGGCCGGUGGCCGCCGCCCGGCAGCGGCGGGGCGGCGCGGAGCAUGCACUGAGCGGCGCGGCGCCGCAGAGCCCUGGCCGCCGCCGGGGCGCGCGUUGCAUGCUGCGGGGGAUACCCGGUCUCGAUAAUAAAUGAUAGAGGAUACCAUGACUUUGCUGUCUCUGCUGGGUCGGAUCAUGCGUUACUUCUUGCUUAGACCGGAGACCCUGUUCUUGCUGUGCAUCAGCCUGGCCCUGUGGAGUUAUUUCUUCCACACGGACGAGGUGAAAACCAUCGUCAAGUCCAGCAGGGACGCGGUGAAGAUGGUGAAGGGCAAGGUGGCCGAGAUCAUGCAGAACGACAGGCUGGGGGGGCUGGACGUGCUGGACGCGGAGUUCUCCAAGACCUGGGAGUUCAAGAGCCACAACGUGGCCGUCUACUCCAUCCAAGGCCGGCGGGACCACAUGGAGGACCGCUUCGAAGUCAUCACCGACCUGGUGAACAAGACGCACCCCUCCAUCUUCGGGAUAUUCGACGGGCACGGAGGAGAGGCAACAGCAGAAUAUGUGAAGUCCCGCCUGCCUGAAGUCCUGAAACAACAUCUGCAAGACUACGAGAAGGACAAAGAGAACAGCGUGCUGUCUUACCAAACCAUUCUGGAACAGCAGAUUUUAUCCAUUGAUCGAGAAAUGCUGGAAAAAUUGACUGUGUCCUAUGAUGAAGCAGGUACGACUUGUUUGAUUGCAUUGUUGUCAGAUAAAGAACUCACGGUGGCCAACGUUGGUGAUUCACGAGGAGUCUUGUGCGACAAGGACGGGAACGCUAUCCCCUUGUCCCACGAUCACAAACCCUACCAACUGAAGGAGAGGAAGAGGAUUAAAAGAGCUGGUGGCUUCAUCAGCUUUAAUGGCUCCUGGCGUGUUCAGGGGAUCCUGGCCAUGUCCCGCUCACUAGGAGAUUACCCUCUGAAGAACCUGAAUGUCGUAAUUCCUGACCCUGAUAUUCUCACCUUUGAUCUGGACAAACUGCAGCCAGAGUUCAUGAUCUUGGCCUCGGAUGGUCUGUGGGAUGCUUUCAGUAACGAGGAGGCUGUCCGAUUCAUCAAGGAACGCUUGGAUGAACCGCACUUCGGUGCAAAGAGCAUAGUUCUACAGUCGUUUUACAGAGGAUGUCCUGAUAAUAUAACAGUCAUGGUGGUGAAGUUCAGGAAUAGCAGCAAAACAGAAGAACAGUAAUUCCCAGUGAUUCUCUGCCUCACUCUGAACUUAAAACAAACUCUUAUAUUUUAAACAUAGUAGAAAGCUCUAGUAAAUACCAUUAAGAUUUUACACAAAAGGAACAGAUCCCUCUUUUUUUUUUCCUUAACAAAAGGAGCAAUACAACAAAUACAUUUUCAGUGAUUAUAAGAAUUAAGUUUAUUCACAUGUACCUGUCUCCUGUGACCUUGCUGCUCCUUAGAAACUAACUGUAAUGUUCCAUUUCAAACAUUUUUUCAAAUCCUGUGUAGACUUCUGAUUUGAUUUCUUACCUCUUAUUUCUAAGAGUCAAAGGUUCAUUCAGAUGCACAGCAGGGUCAGGGCAGUGCUGCUGCUUAAUAGCAAGUGAUAGGAAUGAUGCUGCUUUUCAGUCAUAGAUGUAACCCUUCAGAAUGAUGCUCUACUGUUUCUCAUCUUGUUCUUUCUCAAUCUGCAGUGAUACGGUUGUAUUGGAAAAGGUUUGUAAUUAUUGGCCUGUCAUUGAUAUAAAGGAGGAAAAGGAGCCAAAUAUUAGCCUGAUGCCACAGAACUGGCUCUCCUCACUUUGUUUUUUCCCCUCACAUUAAACAAAACCUUGUUAAGCAUGUGAUUAGGUAUAGUUAUUGAAUACCUGAAACCACAUGUUUAUUCAGUCUGUGCAUUACUUUAAAAACAUUUUGUCAACACCAUAUUGUAUUUAAACCAACUAAUGUUAAACUCCAGCAAAAUACUGAUGCCUUCUGUAUCAGAAAACUAGUUCUGUCAUGAUAGAAGAAUGUCUGUCGUUCACUGAGAGUCACCCUUAUGUCAGUUUUUUAGCAUGGAAUUCUCAUAGGCAUGUAAAGAAAAUAAUGCAAGGUAAAUUUUAUUUCUUUAGUGACUGCUUGGAAAACUAAGCAAAACAAAGCAUUCCUUAGAGCUACUAGAUGGAAUUUGCCUAUUAAAGAUUUCUUAGUACCACUGCAGAUUAAUUUGUAGUGUUAAUCUAGGAAAAGACCACUUUAAAACAGUGUUUUGGCAUAAUGUGUAAAUGCUAGGCAGUGUAAUUGCACUGUAGAGAUGACAGAUUGUGUUAAGUCUAGAUAAAAAUAUUUUUAGAUCUAACUUUCAAUAUUUAAUUGUAUUUUGGAACCUGUGACUAUUGUAAGUUUAAACAAUGACCUUCUAAAUUUGGUAUACAUACGAUAACUUAGUUGGCUGCUUCGUGAUUAAGUUGCUGCAGUAGCGGAGUGACAGGGCAAUGUGUGUUACAGGAACAGAGCAAGGGCUGUUAGCUAUUAGUGUGUAUUUUGGAUAGCUUGCUUGCCUGCAUCAUGUCUUAAAAUAACAUGUCCUUUGGGAUUCCAUCCCCAUAGAACUUGGUCCUGGAAGAUCUGCUGAAGUCUCUUGUCUUGAAGGUGAUGGAGGGUUCUCAGUAUUUGAGCCCUGAGCUGAAUCAGGGAGAUAAUAUGUUAACUAACAUUGCCUCUUUUUUGGAUAAAGAUAGAAGAUUACUUGUGAUUACUGUUUCUCAUUACCACAGCUAUAGCAUUUUCUGGCAAAAUGGCUUGUUUGUCUCUAAAAUACGGUGAUCUGUUGUGGUUCUGUGGAGUAGGUACGAUGUUUCUCAAGAUGAGAAUGAACACAAAUUCUGCUUUCCCCUAUUGGAAAGCAUUCCUAUAUCAGUCUUUUCAUUUGUGUUUCUAGGUUAUCUGAUUCCUAACAAAUUUCUCUUGUUUGUUCUGAGAUAAUCACAAAUCUCAUCUGGUUAUGUUGCUCCUGUCAGUGCUACUCAAAAUGUAAACAUAUCCUCUUCUCAUUCCAGAAUCUUGGUAGAUUCCCUUAACUUCUCUGUAAUGUUCAGUGCACACCAGUGCAAAACGGAAGUAUAAAAGUGUGCAGAACACUUUGAAACCCAGCCUGUACUGAUCCUUACCAAGAUGGAAGGUUUGGGAUUUUUUUUAAUUGCUUGAACAAGGAAAACUGCAUUCAGAGAAUUUUAAAUGCAACUUUGCAGUGAAAUCAAGCAGGUAACAGGAAAUACUAAUAAUUGCAGAGUACUUCAAGUAUUUUAUUUUGAAGAAGUAUUUGAGGUCAGAAUGCUGUUAAAUUAAAACCUUGUGUAAAGUUUUCAUGGGAGUGCUUAAUCAUGUACUGAAUAAUGCUAGAGCAGCAGUAUCUAAACUGUGCUCCAGGCAGAGCUCGCAGUGCAUGCAGCAUUUGCCUUUGCUUUCUCCUUCACAGCUAAUGUUUCAAUUGUGUUGGCUUUUCCUUGUAGGACAUAGCCUGGAUAUUUGUCCAAACAGCUGCCCAGGGAACAAAAGAAUUAGGCCUAGCAGUCUGCAGAACUCUAGAGCACAGAGAAGCUUGUAUAGCAGAAGAGACAUUACUAAUCCUUCACACACAUUUGAGGAGUUGGAACUAGAACAAUGGUCAGCUCCAAAAAAAAAAUUACAAACUAAGGCCACUUGAGUGAAAAGAUUAUAGCUGCCACUAAACCUCUAUGCAGCUCACUUUCUCAGGCUUAGUAAAUGUUGCUAGGGAAUUCCUGACCUUCUGUUGAGCACAGCUAGCUUUCUGGUUGCUUUGAGCCCUUGAGGUAGGGUGGGAGAAUGUGACCGUGUGCGUUUCCUCUCGGCUCACAGUCCUAUAGCUGGCAUCAGGGAGCCGUGGGAGGGCUGCUUGCUCUGGGAGUAAUUCAGGAAAGCUCGUAAUGCAAUACAAUACAGAACGGUUUUGCGGACUUGCCUGGAUAUUUAUUCCAGAGGAUUCAUUUACUCUCUGUCACUCACAGGUCAGUCCGGUCACUUACUGAAUCAGACCUAUUUCAAUCUUUGAUUGCAGCUGCAGCACUAGUUGUUUUAGCACUGUUAAUUUUCCCUGUAACGUUCUCAUUCUUUGUAGUAGCUGCCUUUCUUGGCCAAAGACAUUCAUGCCAAUGAUCUCUGGUAAGGCUGUUGACUUUUCUUUUUAUUAUUUUAAAAAAUUAAUUACAGCUCCUUUAGGAUUAACGAUGGAAAAGACUAAUGGAAAUGACAGGCUUUGGGUAGUCUUCCUCAUACAUGCACAGUGCCUGCAUAGCUCUCAUUACAAGCCUUCUACUAAGUUUUCUAGUCCAAUUCUAGACAUCUGUAACUAAAAUUUUCCAGUCAUGCUUAGUUGUGCCAAAUUCUGUAGUGAUAACGUAUAUCUGUUGGAUGACAAGAUUGAGAUGUACGUAUAGCUUAUGCAACCUAAAAGAUCUAGAGUCAGAUCCUCCACUGCCUUAAUGUUAAAUCCUACAUCUGGAAAGAGCUGCCAGACACUGUAACCAGAAAUAGCCCCACGUAUGCUAGAGCAGUCUACCAGAACGUGUUACUGCACUGGAGAGAAAAUACUUCCUGCAUGCCAUCCUCAGUGCCGCUUUCCUGCCUCAGCACUUGUCCAAAGAAGGGAGAUGCACUUUGAUUAGAGUGGCCCACAUACAUCUCAGAACUCCCUAAUUCUUGCCUUACACCUUCAUGGAACAAUUCUGUUGUUUAAGCCAGAGUAGCUUUAUCAGUGACAUCUGUUCACCAAGUAAGAGCAUCUAAUAGCAAAAAAGUGGUAUAUUAAGAUGGUGCCAAAGAGCAUCUUCAGUUUGGUCCAAUAUGCAAACUGUACCUUGUAGUCAUCUCAUCCAGUGCUUAAAUAAGUUAGACUCUGCCCAACAGUGGUAUUAUAAAUGAGCAGUUGGAUUCAUGUAGUACAUUUUUGCACAUAAUAAAGAUACUAAUAUUUAGUAUAUCACUCUUGAUUAUAUGCUUGUAUGGUAUUAGAAAGGCUGUUUGUCCAUAUAAUGAAAGGGCUAUAACCUUCAUGAGCUGUAGCGCCUUGUACUGUUCUUGGGAAGCUGGAGUAUAUGUACCAGGCUGGUUAGGUGUGAUCAUAGCUCCGUCUAGUGGCUUAGCACAUUAACUAAGCAGGAGUUAUUAAAGCUAAUAGUUGUUCUGUUAGCACGUGUGAAGAAGGCAUGUGAUUUAAAGACUCAGCUGUCCCUCGUGCAGAAGUCCACUAGGAGGUUAAUGCAGGCCCAUUCUCUCAGGCCGAAUUUUACGCCAGUGCUGAAGCAGUGCAGUCUGAACAUGUCCAUGUAUCUAAGAAAUUCAGCUACUCAGCUGCCAAAAAUGUGUAUGAAAGAGUUCGGCAUGUAGUAAUCUUGUCCUGCAUCCCCUGUCAAUUUACACACAUGCACACACCCCGUAUGGAUGUCUUCAAAAAACUGGUGAAUGCAUCUGAAACACUGACAUUUGUUUAUGGAAGCAAAAUGUUUGGUGACAGUGCAGCUUAGACUACAGUAGUCAAGCUUGGAGGACUCCAGAAUUCAUAGCUAGUCUCAGGGAUGGCAGGAUCUGCUAUUAUUUUAUUUUGUAUAAAAUGUAUGCCAUUUCUUGUGUUGUGAUAUUCAGUGCUAAUAGUCCGGGCAUAUCUAUCCUGUCUAAUUGGGGAGGGGUGGUCAUAGAUGACAGUUUGAGGCCCUUGUCAGCACUGUAGUCCUAAAACUUCUAAAAAGACAGAAUUUCAAAUGAUUGAGUCUGUUUACCGAAUAGAAUGCUUAGAUAAAUGGCAUUUAUUUUAUUUGUAAUAUUUAACAUAAGGAAAUACUGUCCACAGGCUUGUGAAGACAAGGUCAGAGCUAAAACUACUGUUAUUACAGGAUUAUAUCAUUUAGAAAUUAGAAUGUAGAGGUUAGUAAAUACACUGGGUUAGCCUGAAGUAACAGUGCAUGCUAAUGCUGCACAGUAUUAAUGCUGCAUCUUGAAAAUAACGGAGUUUUGUUAUUCAGCUGUCUUUCAGAAAACAUGGGAUUCUUGCUUUAAAUAUUAUUAUAUUGCUGACGUAUCUAAUACUUAUUUUACACAUAAAAAUAUUUAGUAAGUGAUUAUAUUAAAAAAGUCACCAGUCUUUCAUUUUCUACAGUAGGUUUUUAUGCCUUCAUCUUGAAAUCUGGCUGUACAAAACUGAAAUUGCUAGAUUAAAGAAGUUUGAACUUUCAGUUGAAGUUUAACAACUGUAUAGAACAGAGCUGUUACCCUUCAGUGUUGUCAAUACAAGUUAUUUUUCUAAAUCUGAGAACUCAUAUCCAAUAAGAUAGCUACCUUUAAGUAAGUUAAGAAUACUGAUUUGAAUACUGAAUUACUCAGUUUUAUUUACAUAGUACUGACAGGCUUAGCUCAGCAGCUAUUUUAAAUAUAGUUUUCCCUUAAGUAACUUGAUGUUCUAGGUUAUCAGUUGUCUCUAGUCAUAGAUAUAUUGGAUGUUCUCCUGCUAAACAAAAUGUGUGCAGUCAAAGGAACCGAAGGCUGUCUAAAACCAUAAAUAACAAGAUUCACAUCAAGAGACAUUCUUAACUUUUGAAAUCUUCUUUUAGGAGAAGGUCAGUUCUUUUGUCCAUUCGCCUGAGUCAUCGGGAAAAAAUUCUGAAUUAGUUAACUAUAGGGAAAUAAAGGACUCCCUUCUGUGUUAGAAGACCAGUCCUGUAUUCCCUUAAGCCUAUGGAGAUGCAUUAGUACUUCUAAGGACCUAGAAGCUCAGAAAUCUACUUCAGCCUGUAUUCAAAACAGUUGACUAAAAGACUAUGAAUGAUCAGUUGUAAUGUUUCAGAAAUCUGAAUGCAGGACUGUCAAACAUCGUUCCCUGGGUAUGCCUAUAGUGUAGUCGGGGUGCAAGAGUAAUGUACGUAGAACUGUACUUCAGCUGCACUUGCUUUAGUCUUGGUAAUGAAAGUCAUGAAGUUAAGCUGUGUGGGCUGACAGUCAAGUAUCUGCUCAGCAUCCCCAGCAGGCUUGUCCAUGCAAAUGUUGGUGUCGUCAUGGUUUCACUACCCUGUGAAAUUAAGUUGGCUGAAAGUAGUGCGAGUUUGCCCCUGUGCCUCUGCAGAUGUACUCACUUGGCUUCAUCUGUUAUCAGACAGGACUUUCACACCAGAACUGACAAAGUCCAUGUGUGAUUUAAAACUUCUCCUUCUGGUAAAAACAAUUUAGUUUAAAAUGUGUUUCACUGGGAAAAGUUCUUUGGCUGUUUGGAGUUAGUUUUAUUUUGUACUGAAUCACUACAUUGCUCUUUGAUAAACUGUUCCUAUGUGCAUAAGCCAGGUACAAAACUUAUGCAGUGGUUAAUAAUGUUGGAUUUACAAAUUAAGUCCAUUCAUGUAAAUGUCAAACCCACCUACCUUUAACAUGUUGAAUUAUAAUGCAACACUUGCACCUACUUCUACCAAUCAUGUAAUUGUUAAUUUUGUACGAGGAGCAGUUAAAAAACCAUACUGCAUGUUAGUAUACUUAGCGACUGCAAAACCAUUUCUGCCUAGUGUAUUUGUAAGUGCUCUUAAAAAGACUGAGAAAAACUGAUUAUGAAAAUGAACUGUCCAUGUUCAGAAUUCUGUAAGGGCAGUUCAGAGGUUUAUUAAAAGCCUGAACAACGUAAGAGAUGACAACCAACGUUUAAGUAAUUUGCCUCGCUUAAAGACAACUUCCAUUUAGUUCAACAUUGCUAUAUUAUCUUAGAUAAGAGCCUCUUCAGGCUUCUGUUUGUAACAUUUUUUCUCACUCAAAGCAAAAGUGUUUUUAAGAUUUUAUUAUUAUUGCCAGCUCAGGGGAGACUGCACUUUACUAUUACUUUGAGGACCACCACAGACAAAAGCAUUACUGAGAGGAGGGGACAGGACAUCAGGCUCAAUGCCAUCUUAGUUUGGAUAGCAAAUUUGGAUGCAUAUGACAUCUACAGACCAUCCUCACUCAGCAUAAACUUAAAAAAAACCCUCAUUCAGAGUAAUAUGAUCUGGAAAAAUGAAUGUGCUAUGUAGCGACUGUCAGAAGGCUAGAGGUAAACAGAGCUCAGAGAUAUAAAUGGUAUCAAUAAACACCACUGGGGUUUAACUUUGUAUUUCUAAGUGCUUUUCUUAUGGGAGGAAAAUUAAGUCUUACAAAUGCAGUGAGACAAACUGUACUAUAAUGCAGAUAUUUCCUUAUGUGAGUUUCAGGAAGAUACUGUCGUUAGUGAAGAAUCAUGUAAAAGCAGCAUCUCCAAGACGGUAUUUUCUUCAGUCCCUUAAAAGAAAGUGUCUUUAGGAUUUUUAGACACCCAAUAUGUAAUCAUAGACCUUGUUUUUUGUUUUACGUUUCCUUAAAAUGUGGACUCAACUACAUGUGAAAAUAAACAACAAACAUAGACUUAGCUUCAUUUUAAGGUUGUUUUCUUUCCUUCCCAUACGUAAUACUUGCAUUUGGAUACGGUUAACAACUUAAGAUGCUACAUGCAAAAACUGCGUUAAAACCUGACAAGCUUAUUUUAACAAUCAGGCUGCAGUUUUAAAUGUCCUUCCCACCCCAUCCUCCCCCCCCCCCCCGCCCUUGCCAAACUCUACCUUAAGCAAACUGUAAAUUACUCUUAAUAAAUGACCAAAAUGGUACACGCUGUCAGAAAAAAAUAAAGAUUAAUGAAAAUUUGAAAAGUGGGCAGUAAAGCUCUGGCUCCUAAACUCCUUCAACAUAUGUAACAUGUCUAAUAUAUGCAUAUCAAGAACUCAGUGUCAUAUUCUGUUUGGCUGACCUUCAGUUUCUAGUUUAAACUUGAUGGAAAUAUGAUAAAACUUACAUUAUUUAUUGUAUAGCCAGACAUCCUUGUGUUAUUUACAAUGAACUUGCAUUGAAAUAUUUUAGUAGUAGCUAGAGAACAUAAGACUUCAAAAAAUAUUCCAAAGCCUCCAUGUCCUUUAACUGAUGAUAGAAUAAUGCCCUUAUAUUUGCAGGCAAAUAAUAUGCUUAAUGGUUUAGGAAUGCACACCAAAUAUUGAAACAUUUUUGACUUUUGAACUCUUUUGGAAUAAUACACAUGCAAUACAGCUUUGAAAUUUUACAUUGUAACCCCCUUUUGCUAUCCAGCCAACAGUAGUUUCCAAACAUUUUUGACCAAUGCAUUAUUAUUAGGCUUUUUAAGUUAUUACUGAAGCCCCACGCAUUUAAUACCAAGAUCACAAAUGCUUUGAAGUCUGUCUUUUUAAAAUGGCUUUCUCGACUGUUUACUUGCAAGGAUAAGAAGAAUCUUAGGAUUUGGAAAAAAUCUUAACCUGUGGUUUAGACUUUUUUAGUUAAAAUAUCAUAAGCACAUGCUGUAAAAUUUAGGCCCAAAUGAUAACCACCACUGACUUAAAUGCUUGUGUCAGUUCACAGGCGUAAGCUUUUUAACCUCUUACAUAGCUGCACACGCUAGAGAUUUCUCUGCUACUUGCUUUAAGCAGAAACAUUGGCUUAUUUAUGCAUUUUUCUGGUCUUUUAAGCAAUAAUAAGGUCAAAUGCAAAUACAAGCUGGAUUUGGAAGUGGGUUAAAAAAAAGACACAGGAACAUUUUACAAUAUAACAUUCUUGCAGCAUUUAUGUCACUAAAUUAGAAUUUCAAGUGGCAUAAACAGAUCACUGUGUAUAAACCUACAUUUGUGAAAACAAAAGCCUUGUAAUCUAUGAUCAGUGUUAUCAUUCUGGGACGCAAAUAUAAAAAUAGCUUGUUCAGUGAUGGUUGCAUUUUUAUUGCAGUAAGGCACAGCCAUUUUUCUGUGAUACUCAUUAUUUUCUCAACAGGAGCACUGUCUGCUUUAUAUAUCCAGUUUUGAAAAUUACAUAGCCUUUCAUAAUACAAUUUUUUUGAAAAAGCAAUACAAACUAUGCUGUAGUAUCAGUGUUCUUGUUACUUAUUUCCAAAUACAGUUAUUUCCAAACAUUUAUCAUGUCAGGCUUAAGAAAAAAUUGAAUUUUUUUUAAGAUGUAUACAUAAUCGGAGGACGAGUUAACCAUUUUUUCACAGAGCUCUCAGAUCUGACCACAAUACUAAAAUAAAUCAAAUGACAGAUCCUAAAACCAUAAGAACAGUUGUAGUUUUACCUCUCUUUCUAGGACUACGAUAGCAUUCCUUCCUCAAUUAUGCAAUACUGUAUCUUUAGCUAUUUAGUUUAACCAAAAAAAAAUAUUUUUGAAAAACUCUGACCCUCUUAACAUACAUUCUUAAAACCAUGAAAUCUGAAAUGCUUAUUUUGAUGGUAUUCUCCCCUAAGACCUCAUUUUUAUAGUUAACUAAUGUGUCCUGUAAUUCCAUCAUAAAACUAUGUGUAGUUAUUGAAAAGACAGCAAAAUUCAAUACUGACCAUAAUCACAAUGUAACAAAAAAAGGGUGAAACCUCAAUCUCAGUACUAGAGGUUUCUGCAUCUCUCCUAAUUUGUCUCUAAGAGACUAUCUGAAAGACAGCCAAAUGUAAAUAUAUCAUAACAUACUAGCUUUAGUACAAAUAAGGUGGCAGUGCUCUGUCAUUCUAGAUGUACAGGAGUAACUAUAGUAUCUUCAGUGUGUAGUAAUGUGUCAAGAAUAAUUAUGUUAAUGCAAUUGCAGAUUCUGUGUUGUUGUCCAUUAGAAGUGUAAACUACUGAAAACUUAGCCUUGCUGAUAUGAAUAAAGUUAUUAAAAUACCCAUCUUUACAGA